AUGGCCACUCCAUCGAGGACAAAGGAUCCCCUUGAAGCCAUCCAGCUCCUUGUUAAUGAUGUGCUUGUUCAAACUGGCAAAGCUCUCCGUGCAUCACGUAGAGAUAAACAGGGCAAUACGGGCGCGGCACAUGGGUCACUCCCGGCUAAGCUUCCCGAGACGGUCAAGGCUUUCCAUGCCGCUCUUGAUGAUAUUGAGAGCGAUAUUGUGAGCCUCCCCCGCCAUUGUGCCAUCCUUCACAUUUCUCACCUUGGCAAGCAGAUUCGUGCCAAGUCAGUGUUGCUUCGCGACCUGAACGAGUGUCGGGCGCCAAAUGUCCAGAAUGAGCCGAUAGAGCCGGAAUUGCAACCCAUGGAGACACAGCCUAUCAACCUAAUAGGCACGGAUACCGACCCGUCACCACCCGCCUUGCCGAAUAUGCAACUCCUCAAGAGCGAACACCCCGGCGGCAAGCCUGUAGCACCAUUCCCAGACAUGGGCAUGAGCCUGCCAGAAUCCACAGCCAGGAAAGACAGCAUGCCGGUGCCAUCUACUGAUUUUGAGAAUGGAGUCGUCAAGGUCGAAGAUGAUACCAAUGCUGCAAUUCCAAGUGGAACCCAAGCCAGCGAUCCCUUCGUGGUUGACACGUUAGAAAUGAAUGCGGGUUUGAACUUCACCGACAUGGAGUUUACUUUGGCGCCCACCAACAACUCCCAGGAGCAACCCAACGACUCCUCCAUUGACCUCACUUCACUUAUCCCGGCUGACGGCGUGGGCAAGACAUUGGCAUCGAUGAGCACUACUUUGCCUGCUGGCCAGUCAGGGAUGACCGAAGCGCCUAGUACGACGAACAGUCCGGGAAAGGAAGACGAUGUGAAAAACAGGGGCACGUUGCAGGAUUCAGACGCUGCUUUCACCGACAUGUUCCCUGGUGAUGGACAGGCGGAUGGUAUGGAUUUUGACUUCAGUCUUGAUGGCGGUAUGGGUGGUGACACAUUCGACGACCUCAUGAACGACCGCGAUAACACAUUUGACGCUAUGGAGCAUGGCGACUUCGAUGCUACCUUUUUCGGCCUGGACAAGACGGAAGGCACUUGA